AUGUUCGAAAAGUCACUUGUCGACCUUAUUCGAGGCCUGCGAGGCCACAAGGGAAAUGAGGCAGAAUAUAUCCAAGGCGCUCUCAAAGAGUGUCGAAGUGAGAUUCGCUCCCAGGAUCUGGAUCUCAAGGCAACCGCACUGCUCAAACUCAUUUACCUCGAGAUGUUUGGGUAUGACAUGACGUGGGCCGCCUUCAACGUCUUGGAAGUCAUGGCGUCCCCGAAACCGGUUCAGAAACGAGUUGGGUACCUCGCUGCCGUUCAGAGCUUUCGACCCGAAACGGAGGUCUUGAUGUUGGCUGAGAAUCUGCUGAAGAAGGAUCUCACCUCUCCUUCGAUACCUGUGCUGACGCUGCCGUUGGUCACACUUCCGCACAUUGUGACUUCUUCCCUGGCACUUUCCAUUCUCACGGAGCUUCUACCGCGCUUGUCACAUUCACAACCGGCCGUGCGUAAGAAGACUAUCGUCACGCUGUACAGGCUGGCUCUGGUGUAUCCUGAAACCCUCAGAGUUGCUUGGCCAAAGAUCAAGGAGCGUUUACUGGAUGAACAGGAAGACAGCAGCGUUACUGCCGCUACGGUCAAUGUCGUCUGUGAGCUCGGAUGGCGAAGACCGCAGGAUUUUCUGCCCUUGGCACCAAGAUUGUUCGACCUUCUCCUAGCACAGAAGAACAAUUGGAUGGGCAUCAAGAUCAUCAAAUUAUUCGCAGUCUUGACACCUCUCGAACCAAGAUUGGUCAAGAAGUUAGUCCGACCCCUCACCAAGCUGAUUCAAGAGACAACAGCCAUGUCGUUGCUUUACGAGUGUAUCAGCGGGAUAAUUCAAGGAGGAAUCUUGGAUGGCGCCGAGAGCGGCGUGGAUGUGGAAGAAGUGGCCGAUCUCUGCAUUUCCAAACUGAGGGGAAUGAUUGUCUUGGAUGGCGACCCGAAUUUGAAAUAUGUUGCUCUCCUGGCGUUCAACAAGAUCGUGACUACUCAUCCUACACUCGUUUCAAUGCAGCAAGAUGUCAUCAUGGGAUGCUUGGACGACCCUGAUAUUUCAAUCAAGAUGCAGGCUUUGGAGUUGGUUUCGGGUAUGGUCAACAGUGACAAUCUGCAAGCGGUUGUCAAUCGCCUCAUAAAACAGCUUGCAGGCUCGGCGUCAGCCACCGUGGGCGCCAAUGGACACGCGGAAGAAGAACAAACAGACAUGGAGCAGAGGCUCGUCCCAGACAAACGAGGAUCGGAAAAUAUACCUUUACCAGAUGAAUACCGCUACGAGAUCAUUCGCCGGAUCCUUGACAUGUGCUCUCAUAACACUUACGCCAACAUUACGGACUUCGAGUGGUAUAUCGAAAUACUGGUUCAUUUGGUUAAACAUCUCCCAGCGGACAAGGAUGCGAGUUCGUCGAGAGCUGCACCAGAUGAUGACGCUUCUUUAGGAGCCCGGGUUGGAAAUCAGCUCCGCGACAUCACAGUCCGAGUUAAAGAGCUCCGAUCAGAAACAACCAAAGCAGCUGAGACUCUGGUCUUGUUGUCCAACAGGGCAAUUGCCUAUCCGAAACAUGGCACCGGUCAGAGUCAGGUCAUCAAAUCGGCAGCCUGGAUCUGCGGCGAAUUCGCCCCGUACUUGUCCAACCCAUAUGAGGUACUCAAUUCAUUGAUUCACGAGUCGUCUGGACAGUUCACUCCAACAACCUUGGCAAUAGUCAUCCAAGCCAUCCCGAAAGUCAUUGCACGGAUCGCCACGACGGCUGACCGUGAAUGGAAUUCCUCAAGGGGCACGACAAUGUUGCUCCUCCUCGCGAGAACUACCGAAUUUCUGGAGAAGCUCUCAUCCCAUCCCAACCUCGAAGUACAGGAGAGAAGUGUUGAGUUCCUUGAACUUCUGCGUCUUGCCUCGGAAGCGCUCUCUGCGCAAAGCGGAGAUAGUCUCCAAGCACCGCUCUUACUGACUUCUGCAGUUCCGACGCUUUUCAGUGGCGCGGAACUCAAUCCUGUCGCAGCGGCAGCUCAGAAGAAAGUUCCUCUGCCCGAAGAUCUGGACCUCGAUGCGCCCAUCAAUCCCGACUUGUCGACGAUCCUACAGGAUUCACAGAUUGCAGAAGUAGAUGAUCAUAGUGAGGAUGUGUUCCAGUCCUUCUACCACGACCGUGAACCCGUACAGGCCAUCACGUCGCUACAACCACAAACAGCAGCGGCUUAUCUAGACUCUGCCGCUGCUUCGGAGAGUGCACCGCUCUCAUACCAAUCUGCACCCGAGUCUCCAGGAACCAUAGCUAGGCGUAAGGCCGAGAGGAUGGCCCGGAACAAGGACGAUCCAUUCUACAUUGCCCCAUCGGAUGAUGCGGACCCUCAGUUCCACGACAUCAUUAGCAAGACAAACGGCGAUGAUGAACUCGACGUCGACUCGAUUCCAAUCAUCGACCUACAGAUCGAUCGGUCUCAAACCACAGCGGCGAGAACGGAGACAGGAGGGGAAGAACGCAGACCGCGAAAGAAGAAACCGAUCCGGAGAUUCGUCGUCGCCGCAGACGAAACCCUUGACGCCUCUGCAACGCCGACACCCACAUCACAAUCCUUUUCGAACUCGAGCCCCUUCGCAGUCCUGAGUCAGGCUCAACGGACGCGUUCACUAAGUCCGAACGCCCAACCCCGUGCACAAGCUCGACCGACUCGCACGCUCCUCUCGGUCGACUCGUCGACGCUCGAAAACCUUAGCCUAGAAGGACCCGCGGAGACCGAGUCGGAGAUCCUCCGCCGCGAAGCCGAGGAGUUGGAGAUGGCGAUCGCACUUCGCGAGGUGGAGAAGAAGAGGCUCGAAAUGCAGCGGGAAAUAGAGCGUCAGAGGACGGUGAUAGGUGAGGGGGUGGAUGCGGAAGGUACGGUUGUGAGGCGAAAGAAGAAGAAGGCGUCGAGGCCGAAGGUUGGAGUGGGUGCGAGCGAGGAACGGAUCGGUGCUGAGCCAGAAGGUAACGAGGGCGAGGAGGGAUCCGUCAAGAAGAAAAAGAAGAAGAAGCGGAGGAUCAAGCUUGUCGAGGAGGGUGAUGGGCCUAGAGACGAGGGGGGAGAGGCCCCAGAGACGACGGAGGGUGUGGAAACGGCGACAGCCACGGAGCAAUCGUGA